UUGCCUGUCUACUCGCACCUGCGAUCGACGGAAACUGAACGUAAAGAUGUCGGUACAGUCUUUAGUAAGCAAGAAGAAACGAAGUUUCAUCGGGUUGCCGGCUCCACUUGGCUACGUGCCAGGUCUUGGAAGAGGAGCAACAGGAUUCACAACUCGAUCUGAUAUUGGUCCAGCCAGAGAUGCCGAUGAUAUUCCUGAGGACCGUCAUGCUCCUCCAAUAAAGAAGUCUAAGAAAGAUCAGGAAGAAGAUGAGGAGGAAGACUUGAAUGACGCCAACUAUGAUGAGUUUGCUGGCUAUGGGGGUAGUCUCUGCAGUAAGGACCCUUACGACAAGGAUGACGAGGAGGCAGAUGCCAUAUAUGAUGCUGUUGACAAACGGAUGGAUGAAAAGAGAAGGGAGAGGAGAGAGGAAAAGCUUAGGGAAGAGCUGGAGAAAUUCCGUCAAGAAAGACCCAAAAUUCAACAACAGUUCUCUGAUCUAAAGAGAGAUCUUGCUGAUGUGACAGUCACUGACUGGAACAACCUGCCAGAAGUUGGGGAUGCUCGGACCAAGAGGCAGAGGAACCCACGGACAGAGAAGUACACACCCGUCCCGGACAGCAUCCUGGCUAGAGCAGCAGCAUCUACAGGGAUGAACAGUGCGCUGUCAGAGAAAGAACAGCAAUAUGGAGGUCUGUCAACACCGGCCGGCUUCUCCACCCCCAGCGGGGACAUCGACAUGAAGAAGAUUGGUCAGGCCAGGAACACACUGAUGGGCAUCAAACUGACACAGGUCUCGGACUCUGUAGCAGGCCAGACUGUUGUUGACCCAAAAGGCUACCUGACUGACCUUCAAUCCAUGUUGCCCUCUCAUGGAGGAGACAUCAAUGAUGUGAAGAAAGCCAGACUGCUGCUGAAGUCAGUGAGAGAAACCAACCCCAAACACCCCCCAGCAUGGAUUGCGUCGGCUCGUCUGGAGGAGGUGACUGGCAAAGUGCAGGCAGCUAGGAACCUCAUCAUGAAGGGAUGUGAGGAGUGUCCCAAGAGUGAAGACGCCUGGCUGGAGGCUGCCAGACUCAUGCCCGGGGACCAGGCCAAGGCUGUGGUGGCACAGGCCGUCCGACAUCUCCCCAGCUCAGUCAGGGUGUGGAUCAAGGCUGCUGACUUGGAGCUAGAGCUGAAGGCAAGGAAGAGAGUGUUCAGAAAGGCGCUGGAGCACAUCCCCAACUCGGUGCGUCUGUGGAAGCUGGCCGUGGAGCAGGAAGGGGAGGAGGAUGCUAGGAUCAUGCUGAGUCGAGCUGUGGAGUGCUGCCCCACCAGUGUGGAGCUAUGGCUGGCGUUGGCGAGACUGGAGACGUAUGAGAACGCCAGGAAGGUGUUGAACAAGGCUCGCGAGAACAUCCCGACUGACCGUCAGAUCUGGGUCACUGCUGCCAAGCUUGAGGAAGCCCAUGGCAACAACCACAUGGUGGAGAAGAUUGUGGAGAGAGCUCUCAACUCCCUGCGCUCCAACAUGGUGGAGAUCAACCGAGAGCACUGGCUGAAGGAUGCGGAGGACUGCGAGAAGAGCGGCAGCAUCAACACCUGCCAGGCCAUCGUGCGGUCUGUGAUCAGUGUUGGGAUUGAAGAGGAAGACCGGAAACACACGUGGAUGGAGGAUGCAGAUGCUUGUGCUGCUCAUGCAGCCUAUGAGUGUGCGCGGGCAAUCUACGCCUACGCCCUGACCGUGUUCCCCAGCAAGAAGAGCAUCUGGCUGCGUGCUGCCUACUUUGAGAAGAACCAUGGAAGCAGGGAGUCGCUGGAGGCACUGCUGCAGAGAGCUGUGGCCCACUGUCCUAAAGCUGAGGUUCUGUGGCUCAUGGGAGCCAAGUCCAAGUGGAUGGCGCAUGAUGUCCCAGCAGCCCGGAGCAUCCUGGCCCUGGCUUUCCAGGCCAACCCCAACAGCGAGGAGAUCUGGCUCGCCGCCGUCAAGCUGGAGAGUGAGAACAACGAGUACGAGAGAGCCCGCCGACUGCUGCAGAAAGCCAGAGCCAGCGCCCCAACAGCCAGGGUGUUCAUGAAGUCAGUGAAGCUGGAGUGGUGUCUGGGGGAGAUCGAGAACGCCAAACGCCUGCUUGACGAUGCCGUGAAACACUACGCCGACUUUGCUAAGUUGUGUAUGAUGAAGGGGCAGAUUGAGGAGCACCGGGGAAACAUGGAGAGUGCUCGGGACGCCUACAACCUCGGGUUGAAGAAAUGUCCACACUCCAUCCCACUAUGGCUGUUGCUGUCUCGGCUGGAGGAGAAGACGGGGCAGCUGACAAGAGCCCGGUCCAUCCUGGAGAAAGCCCGCCUGAAGAACCCCAAGUGUCCGGACCUCUGGUUGGAGGCUGUGCGCGUGGAGAUAAGAGGUGGACUGAAGAACAUCGGACAAACCUUGAUGGCAAAAGCCCUCCAGGAGUGUCCCAACUCGGGUAUCCUGUGGUCGGAUGCUAUCUUCAUGGAGCCACGGCCCCAGAGGAAGACAAAGUCUGUGGAUGCGCUCCGCAAGUGUGAGCACGACCCCCAUGUUCUUCUAGCUGCAUCAAAGCUGUUCUGGACAGAGCGUAAAAUCGGCAAGUCUCGUGACUGGUUUAAUCGUACGGUGAAGAUUGACCCUGACCUCGGUGAUGCCUGGGCAUACUUCUUCAAGUUUGAACUCAUGCAUGGAGAUGAGCAAAGUCAGGAGGAGGUGGCGAGACGCUGCAUCCAGUCCGAGCCCCACCAUGGGGAGAAGUGGUGUCAGGUGUCCAAGGACAUCAGCAACUGGAGGCUCAAGACAGAAGAGUUACUGCCCCUUGUUGCUAAUGCCAUACCUCUGCCAACAUGAAGCAACAGAUAUAAGAGUUACCUCCCUUGCUGUAUAGGAAUGCCUACAUCAACGUUUUUACUUACCCACGAACUAUUAUAUUUUGUCCUUUCCUCCAGCAAAAGAGGAUAUGGAAGAAUCAGCAAUAUGAUUAAGUUGUUUUGUGAGAUAAUUGUGCAUUGUUAUGAAGAAGAAACAAAAUGGCCACUGUUGGCUUGUAAUUUUCAAUUGUGACACUCAAGAUUGCCUUUGCCAAGAUUUGUUCCUCGUCUCAGCUGUACAGUAUUCAGUACACAGUACUGUCUAAUCUCCAGGCUGAAACUAAGCCUUGUAUCCUGGUGGCCAUGUGUGAGUGUCAGCUGCUAUGGUCCUGGGCAUCAUCACACUGGUGUUAUAAAACAGAGCAACAUCCAUCAAAGGACAUGCCAUUCGCUUCAUCUGUAAAUAUGCUUAACAUUCAUCUGUAAAUACAUGUUUUGAUCAACUGAAAAUUUAACUUGCCUUGUCAAAUAUCUAUUUUUAUUUUUUCACUGUAACUGUUCUAGUUCAGGAUGCAAGGUAGGGAUGUCUUGUAACAUUUGUAUUGGUCCUUUUGUGCCCAUACACUGUGAUCACCAAACGUAACAUUUACGAUGAUCACAUCCUUGAGAAAAUGUCCUGCCAUCUUGCAUCUGUCAAGUAUGUGUCAACUUGGAUGAUUUGGACAUUCGCAGUAUGUUUAACAUAUACCAUCAUAUUCUGUUAACUGUUGUUUCAUUGGUGACUGCAAUCCAUGUAAAUAUUCAUGUAUACAAAUGAAUAAAUUUGUAACAAAAUUCAA